AUGUCUAAUAUUUUUCUGCUUAUCUGUAUACUGUCUAUUGGAUUAGCAUUUACAGGUGUACAAUCCAUAGGAGUUUGCUAUGGAAUGAUUGGCAAUAACCUACCAUCCAAGCAAGAAGUUAUAGAUUUAUAUAAAUCAAAUGGCAUUAAUAGAAUGCGUUUAUAUUAUCCAGAUGAAGAAGCCCUACAAGCCCUUAGAGGUUCCAACAUUGAAUUGAUUCUUGAUGUGGCUAAGGAAACUCUUUCUUCUGUUGCAAAUGCCAAUGAAGCCACAAAUUGGAUCAACAAAUUUGUUAAACCCUACUCACAAGAUGUUAAAUUCAAAUACAUCACUGUUGGAAAUGAAAUCAACCCUAAUGACAAUGAGGCCCAAUACAUUCUCCCUGCAUUACAAAACAUUCAAAAUGCAAUUUCAGCAGCCAAUUUACAAGGCCAAAUCAAGGUCUCUAUAGCAAUAGCCAUGUCUUUGAUUCAGAGUUCCUAUCCACCUAAUAAUGGUGCUUUUGUUGACCCAGCAAAGUCAUAUAUACAACCAAUAGUUAACUUCCUAGUGAACAAUGGGUCGCCAUUUCUUGCAAAUGUGUAUCCAUACAUCGCUUAUGUCGGUGAUAAACAAAAUAUCCCUCUUGACUAUGCUCUUUUUAAUCAACAAGGAACCAAUGAUGCUGGAUACCGAAAUCUCUUCGAUGCGCAGUUAGAUUCAGUAUAUGCUGCUCUUGAGAAAGUUGGGGGAUCCAAUUUGCAGAUUGUUGUGUCUGAGAGUGGAUGGCCAUCUGCUGGUGGAGAUGGGGCAACACCUGAAAAUGCGGCCACAUAUUAUAGUAAUUUGAUUAAUCAUGUUAAGAGUGGGACUGUGAAGAAACCUGGUAUGGCUAUUGAGGCUUAUUUGUUUGCCAUGUUUGAUGAAAAUCAGAAGACCGGUGCAUCAACUGAACAACAUUUUGGUCUCUUUAAUCCUGACAAAUCGCCUAAGUAUCAAAUAAGUUUCAACUGA